GCGCUUGUGAAUCUUCAUUACGCGGGCCGAUGGGUACAAAGAGACCAGGGCCUCUACCCACGCAGACACAAAACACAACACCGCAUUUGCUCAGCCUACGGUCCGCCGAACUUGCGUCUCUUCCCAGCAUGCCCUGGGACUCACCGCGAGACUUGAAUUAAUUCUCGCGAGAUUUGCCGGGCAGCCAUCUUCUUGGGGGUGCUGGAAGCCGGGAAGACCCCCGAACCGUUCCCAUUGAGCCGCGCUCCGUUCUCGCCCGCCUUCACUCCUGCUCUGCCGCGUUGCCAACAAGCACCUAACCCCAGAGCUGAGAGGAACGCCUGGGUCUCAGCGCGUCCGGCUGUCCUUCGGGAAGAUUCAUUGGGGGGAGCCGGGCAAGGGGGAGGGCCCGGGGAAACCGUUGCUGCCUCAGCCCCGGGCCGGGGGCCGCCGACGGGAAGCUCCGGGCCAGCAGGUGGGCGCGCGGCCUGCGGCGGCCCCGCCGGGCUGCUGGGCGAGCUCGGCUCGCGGGGACCUGCCACCGGCACCUCCCACCGCGGCCCACGCGGACGGACGGCGCGCGGAGGAGGGGGCGGCGGCGGUGGUGGUGGCCGCGACCUGGGCGAGCGCAGGAGUGUGACCGGCCUCGGGGCCGCGGUGGAUGGUUUCUAAGAUGAUCAUUGAAAACUUCGAGGCCCUCAAGUCUUGGCUCAGCAAGACCCUCGAGCCCAUCUGUGAUGCCGAUCCAUCAGCCCUAGCAAAAUAUGUUUUGGCUCUGGUAAAGAAAGACAAAAGUGAAAAGGAAUUAAAAGCAUUAUGUAUUGAUCAGCUUGAUGUAUUUCUUCAGAAAGAGACACAGAUAUUUGUGGAGAAGCUUUUUGAUGCUGUGAAUACAAAGAGUUACCUACCUCCUCCAGAGCAACCAUCGUCAGGAAGCCUGAAGGUAGAUUUUCUUCAGCACCAAGAAAAAGAUAUAAAAAAAGAAGAGCUCACAAAGGAGGAAGAACGAGAGAAGAAGUUUUCCAGAAGGCUGAAUCAUAGUCCUCCCCAGUCAAGCUCCCGCUACAGAGACAACAGAAGCCGCGAUGAGAGGAAAAAAGACGAUCGUUCUCGCAAAAGAGAUUAUGAUCGAAAUCCUCCUCGAAGAGAUUCAUAUAGAGACCGGUAUAACAGAAGGCGAGGGAGAAGUCGCAGUUACAGCAGGAGUCGCAGCCGAAGUUGGAGUAAAGAGAGGCUUCGUGACCGGGAUAGAGAUAGAAGCAGGACGAGGAGCAGAAGCCGGACACGAAGCCGGGAAAGGGAUCUGGUGAAACCUAAAUAUGACCUGGACAGAACAGAUCCAUUAGAAAAUAAUUAUACACCAGUCUCUUCAGUAUCUAAUAUUUCAUCUGGCCACUAUCCUGUGCCUACUUUGAGCAGCACCAUUACUGUGAUUGCUCCCACUCAUCAUGGUAAUAACACCACCGAAAGCUGGUCUGAAUUUCAUGAAGACCAGGUAGAUCACAACUCUUAUGUGAGGCCACCAAUGCCAAAGAAACGGUGUAGAGAUUAUGAUGAAAAGGGGUUUUGUAUGAGAGGAGACAUGUGUCCUUUUGAUCAUGGAAGUGAUCCAGUAGUGGUAGAAGAUGUGAACCUGCCUGGGAUGCUGCCUUUUCCAGCGCAGCCACCUGUUGUUGAAGGACCACCUCCUCCUGGACUGCCUCCACCUCCUCCAAUUCUUACACCCCCACCUGUGAAUCUCAGACCCCCAGUGCCACCACCAGGUCCAUUACCACCCAGUCUGCCACCUGUCACAGAUGAUAUUUCUUAUUCUUUGGUUUUGACAGGACCACCUCCUCCACUCCCUCCUUUACAGCCAUCUGGCAUGGAUGCUCCACCCAACUCUGCAACCAGCUCUGUCCCCACUGUAGUAACAACCGGCAUUCAUCACCAGCCGCCUCCUGCUCCGCCCUCUCUCUUUACUGCAGUUUUUGUGUUACCAGAUACAUAUGAUACAGAUGGCUACAAUCCUGAAGCACCAAGCAUAACAAACACUUCCAGACCUAUGUAUAGACACAGAGUGCAUGCGCAAAGGCCUAACUUGAUAGGACUAACAUCAGGGGAUAUGGAUUUGCCACCCAGAGAAAAGCCUCCUAAUAAAAGCAGUAUGAGGAUAGUAGUGGAUUCAGAAUCAAGGAAAAGAACCAUUGGGUCUGGAGAACCUGGAGUUUCUACAAAGAAGACGUGGUUUGAUAAACCUAAUUUUAAUAGGACAAACAGCCCAGGUUUCCAGAAGAAGGUUCAGUUUGGAAAUGAAAAUACUAAACUUGAACUUAGGAAAGUUCCUCCGGAAUUAAAUAAUAUCAGCAAACUUAAUGAACAUUUUAGUAGAUUUGGAACAUUGGUUAACUUACAGGUUGCCUAUAAUGGUGAUCCUGAAGGUGCCCUUAUCCAAUUUGCAACAUAUGAAGAGGCAAAGAAAGCAAUCUCAAGUACAGAAGCAGUAUUAAAUAACCGCUUUAUUAAGGUUUAUUGGCACAGAGAAGGAACUACUCAGCAGUUACAGACCACUUCACCAAAGGUAAUACAGCCGUUAGUUCAGCAGCCCAUUUUACCUGUUGUGAAACAAUCUGUCAAAGAGCGGUUGGGUCCUGUACCAUCAGUUACUGUUGAACCAGCAGAAGCCCAGAGUGCUACUUCAGACCUUCCCCAGAAUGUAACUAAGUUAUCUGUGAAGGACAGGUUGGGUUUUGUAUCAAAGCCAUCUGUUUCAGCAACUGAAAAGGUGUUGUCUACAUCUACUGGCCUUACAAAAACGGUGUAUAAUCCAGCUGCUUUGAAGGCUGCACAGAAAACUUUACUAGUUUCUACCCCUGCAGUUGAUAGUAAUGAAGCACAGAAAAAGAAACAGGAGGCACUGAAACUUCAGCAGGAUGUAAGAAAAAGGAAGCAAGAAAUUUUAGAAAAGCACAUUGAAACACAGAAGAUGCUAAUUUCAAAACUAGAGAAAAACAAAACAAUGAAGUCUGAAGAUAAAGCAGAAAUAAUGAAAACAUUAGAGGUUUUGACAAAAAAUAUUACCAAGUUGAAAGAUGAAGUCAAAGCUACAUCUCCUGGACGCUGUCUUCCAAAAAGUAUAAAAACGAAGACUCAGAUGCAGAAAGAAUUGCUUGACACAGAAUUGGAUUUAUAUAAGAAGAUGCAGGCUGGAGAAGAAGUCACAGAACUAAGGAGGAAGUAUACAGAAUUACAGUUGGAGGCUGCUAAAAGAGGAAUUCUUUCAUCUGGCCGAGGUAGAGGAAUUCAUCCAAGAGGUCGCGGUGCAGCUCAUGGCCGGGGCAGGGGUAGAGGUCGAGGACGAGGUGUUCCUGGACAUGCUGUGGUGGAUCACCGGCCCAGAGCCUUGGAGAUUUCCGCAUUUACAGAGAGUGACAGAGAAGAUCUUCUUCCUCAUUUUGCGCAAUAUGGGGAAAUUGAGGAUUGUCAGAUUGACGACUCAUCACUUCAUGCGAUAAUUACAUUCAAGACAAGAGCAGAAGCAGAAGCUGCUGCAAUUCAUGGAGCUCGAUUCAAAGGGCAGGAUUUAAAACUGGCGUGGAAUAAACCAAUAACCAAUAUUUCAGCUGUGGAAACGGAAGAAGUUGAACCUGAUGAAGAGGAAUUUCAGGAAGAGUCUUUGGUGGAUGACUCAUUACUUCAAGAUGAUGAUGAAGAAGAAGAGGACAAUGAAUCUCGUUCUUGGAGAAGAUGAUUUGACUGAUCACUGAUCUGCAUAUGCUAGGACUCUACCUGUGUUUCAUUAGUAUUAUCUAAUGUACUUUUACAUGUUUGUAAAAACACUUUUUGGUAAAAUAUGAUGAAGAUGGAUUUCACAAAUAGAUAAAAGAGAAGAAAACUACCUUCUGAUCUUGUAUUUUAAAAGAUUGAUGUUUGCAUUUUAUUUCAGUAAACAAUUGCUAAAGACAUCACAAUAGAACAUAUGCAAUGUUUUUAUUACAUAAUUCUAUUGAACAUUACAGAAUUCUUUGGGUUAUUUGUAAAUUAAUGAAUAGAUUUGAAUACUUAUGACCCAGUUCUUGUCAUAACAUAGAGGAUUUUGUUUUACUCCAAAUAAGGAAUGAGUUUGCAUUUAAAACCUUAAUGAAUGUUUUCAAAAAUGAAUAGAUGACAUAGUACUCUAACUAAAGUCUCCAAGUUAUGUAUUCAUAAUAUUACAUAGUAGUAUGCUUAGGCUUUACUAUGUAUUAGCCGUUUGUUGGAUUUGUGUAUGUAUUUUAUCACAUGGGUGUUAAUGAUAAUGGUGUAUGACUGCUUUACAUAUGAGUCCUUAUGCAUCUGGAUGCUAAAAAUAAAGUGGAAUGGUCUUUUAAAAGAAAAAAGAAAAGAAAAAAAAGCAAUGAAAAAAAAUCCAUGACAAUGUUCCUUGAUUUAAAAAAAAAAAGAAAAAGUAAAAAAAAAAAGAAAAAAAAAAGAAAAAAAAGAGAAAAUGAAACAGACCAUUCCAGAUGAUGAUCUGCCUUCCCCUGACUAUCAAAAGGAUCUAUAAUCAUUCAAUAAUAAUGGGUACUGGUACCUUUAUAAUGAUGUACAAUCCAAUGUCUAAAAUUGAUACCACUUCAGUUUGGUUUGAUCAUAUACAUUUUCAACAGAUGUCUUAAAAUUUAAAAGCAGGCUGAUUAGUUUGGAACCAGACUUCAAGUAGCGCUAACAUUUGGUGACUAAGACAACUUCAUAUUACAUUUUGGAUGUAUGAAAGAGAACUUGCCCAUUUGAAGAUGUAUGAAUAAAGAAUGUACUAUAGAUACCACUUUAGGAAAACACUGUUUGUAGUCGUGAAAGAUGCCAAAUUGGCAGAGGCUCACGUUUCUUCUCUUUACACCAAACAGCAGAGAGAGAACAUCACUGCCUGAAUUUAGCUUUGUGACGACAUGAGCAAGCCCUGUCCUGUCCCGUCCUGUUGGAGAUGACUGUUAAUAUCAUCAUCAUGUCAUUUGGGUUUGCCCUUUCCAAUCUGAAUAGAUGUUUAUGUUUACAUGUACUGUGAUGACCAUUUUACCUUUACAGUUCUGUACGAGCACAUCUCUGUCCAGCGGUGUAUCAAAUAUGUGAUAUUUCUGACCUUAUUCAUAAAUGUUUUCUUUCCUUAUUUUAUAGCAGUUUAAUUUGUAAAAGACCUUAGGAAGGAACGAGGCCUUUUAGUUUCCUUACGAAAUAUAGUACAUCUCAGCCAAACUGAGAAUUGUGUCUGGUAAAUAUAAAGCCAUGAAAGCAUUAACUGAACAGUUUAGAAUGAAGAAAAUGAAUUAAAAAGUUAAACAUAAGUUUGGCUUUAAUUUUUCUUAUUUUUGAGAUGUAUUUAUUGAAUUAGGAUUGCCACUAAAAUAAUUUUGAGACAACUAUAAAGUACUUUUAACACAUUGUAAUUAAUUUGUCUGUUAUUGUGAGUGUAUAAAUUGAUGUGAUUGCUAGGAUCACUUACUUCAGUGAACGUUUGUUGUUGUUCUACUCUUCAAAAACAAGGAAAAUAAUUUCUUUUCAAGUAAUAAAUAAUGACCUAUGUGUUUUAAAAUUAUAUAUCUACUAAAUUUGUCUAAUUUAUACAAUUUUCAUCACUUAUAAUCAAGACAUCAAAGACAAUCUUACAAGCAAGGGGAAAUAGUGUUUAUUUUUAAUGGCUAGUUUUCAGCUGCUUUAAAAGUGUAUGUACUAAUAAUAAGCACUAUAGCUUAAACUUAGAAAGUUCUCAUCCUAAAUAUUAACAAAACCCUUUUUAUAGCACACCAGUUUUUUUUUACUAAUUGAUUUGAGUAUUCAUUAUAAGAUCCUUAGAGGUAUUUGAGAAAUCUAGUAUCAUAGCUACUCUUCAGAAAAACCAAAUUAUAUUGAUUCUGAUUUUUUUAAGUUCUAUUCAGUCAUACUUUAUUAUACAAAGCUGAUAUCCUACAAACACUUUUUCCCUCUUGAGUAUGUAUUGUGAUUGUCUUCAUGAAUAAUAAAAUGUAACAACCUCAUUAGUCAUAUUAUAAAUUGUCUGUCUUGAUCCACAUUGAUUAUACAUGCAUGGUUAAAGGUAAAGCAUGUAUUUUAGGUAAUUAGUACAUAAUAGCCUACAAGGCAUUUUGUUUUGUUACCCCUCCCCCCCCACACUUUUUUUUGUUACUCUUUUUCACAAAUUAUUAGAUAGCCAUGAGGAAUUCAUACCAGAAUAAUUGACAUUUUUUAUUUUCAAAGAAGUCUUUAUAGUGGUAGUAUUGUGGCUGCUUAAGUUAGAGCCAAAGAACAUGGUCCGAACAGACUAUACCUGCCAGGAACUCUUGAUGGUUUCAUGGUGAGUGCUACAUACUGUCACCUUAAAUUUAUUUUGCUAUUACUUUUUCUUUUUGCUAUUGAAUCAAAAAGCAAAACAAAGUGGAAUGUGCCCUUGGGAAUGAAAAGUCAAGUUGACAUCUCCUUAAGAUCAGUGAUUUUUUUUUUCUUUUUUUUGAAAAUUCUUGUGAGAGUCAGUUGGUCAGUUAUACUUAAAUCCUUAAACAUUGGUUACUAGAGAUUCACUUUUAACAUUUUUUUUUUAAUGAACUCGUCAUGGAGUGAUGUGUACAUAACUGUAUAGAAUCGUUUUUUUGUGUGUAGUUGAAUGGAGCAGUUUACCUCUGCAUGACUGCAUUAUGGAAGCCUUUUAUAUAUCUUUAUAUUUUUCAAUAUACUUAGAUUUUACACUAUUGUCGCUCUAGUCAUGCUAUAUUUGUUUUUUUAAUAGAAUUUAUAAAUAUUUAUGCUCAAAAUACAGAUCAAUUCAAUAUUUUUGGUCUUGUUUACAAGAUAAUACUUUAAAGUGAUACAGUCCCCUCAAGUGUCUUAGGAAACAGUCAUUGGUGCUAUAAAACCUUUCCGUGUCAUUGAAUCUGUUGUCUAGUCUUUGCUAGGCUUUACUCUAUUAUCGCUUACAAUAAUCCCGCUAGCUGCAGAACUAUAAAAUGGUAUGUGUUAAGUCGGGUAAGAGUCCAGCCCCAUUAGAGAACACCUAAUAAUUUAAGAAAAUGAUGCAGAAUGACUGUACCCUUAUUUUUGCCCAGCUUCUCCCAAAAGAAAAUAGUUUAUUUUGAUAAGACGAAGGCUAUUAAUUUGAUUAGAAUUUUAAGGUGAUAUAUUCAAGCAUGGCUUUCCCCUCAUUUGAAAUGGAAAACUUUUCUAGUCAUAAAAUAAUUAUGUCAUUAUACUCUGCUUUAAACUCUCGUCUGUCCUUUGCUCAGCGGAAGGCAGCGUGUUUCCUACAGACACUUACAGAGUAUGUGAUGAGUUACUACAUUGUAAAAGUUUUCCCUUGAUGUGCAUUUUCCGUUUUGCCCCCAAGACUUUAUUCUAGCACCUUAGUUGAGUGUUCCUGAGACACAGUGAAGUAUCAGCAGAGCACUCCGACAUGUUUACUUCUGAUUCUCAGAAUCCCAACUCUGACCAUACUUCUUCUGAACAUGCUGUCUGGCACAAGACUGCCUUUAAUAAGUGGUUUGUUUUAAUUCAGUUUCUAUGGACUGUUGUUGAAUCUGAAAACACCAAAGGAGUCUUUUUCUUGUCUGAAGACUGGGUUGUUCCAGUGGUUAGUACCUGUGCCCAUAGUUAUCCCAUUUCAUGAAUGCGUGUUGGCAUGGGGGAAAUUCCCUGCUCUUUGAGUGGAGCGAAAGUAAUUGGUUAAGCUGUAGCAGCUUCCUUGUCUAUUUUUAAAAGUGAUGAUAAAACUUGAACUGAAAAGGUAAAACUUGAACUUGAAAAUUACUCUUGUAUGCACAGAAUGUUUAUAGUGACUGUGUUUCUGUGGGUUGUCAACACUUCUAUUAUUUAUAGUUGAAUUAUGUUUUGUUUAUUAAAUAUCCAUGUUUAUUAUUUUUAUAUUUUGAAAAUUUUAAAAAUAAAAUAGUCUUAA